AUGGGCAUAGCUGAUCCAAGUAUCAGUCAGCCUAUAUCGACGCGAAAUGGCGUGAUCACUCACGUGGGCACCGUUAUGGGUGGAGGCACUUCUAUCAGCCUGGGAAUUUACAUAGAAGAGCCCUGGUCAUUUUUUGAGUACCUCAACCGCGUCUACAACGCAGGAUGGGAGGAAAAUCUAUUUGGGAAGGCGCACAAGGAAGUGCAGAAUAUCUUCGGUGAUGACGUUGCCCAGUAUGUGACACCAGCCGAUACAGGCUUUGGCCCUGCAGUGGGUGAGGCUCUCAGACGCCAGGGAUACGAACCAGUGGGGGGAAGUCUUCCGGCUCAGCCGUCUCCUGGCAUCAAGCGCGUCGAGUGGGAGAGGGACGCGAAUGGACCAAUAGCUAAAUGCGUGCUCUAUCACAAAACCACAGCCAAGGAUACACAAGGAAAUGGGAACAUAGUCCAGGUUCCCCAAGCAUCAAGUAGCGCAAGAUUGGGCGAGUGGGUUGGCACCCUGUUCGACGCCACAUCCUAUGCCGUCGAUGCCACUGAAUUGCUUCCGGGAGCGACGCUGCAGCCCACCGACAGAACCACGUGGCGUCGCGCAUGCAUCAAAGACAGCGACAAAAGCCGAAUCAUUAUAAGUGCCGGCGCCAUACAGACUGCUGCGCUUCUCUAUCGGUCUGGAGUAGGCCCCUUACCACAAAUUCGUCAGAUCAGAGCGCGGCCGGUGUUGGAAAUUCCGACUCUUGGGCAGGCAUUUAUUGACCGUGUAUUUGUGACACUUAACCUUUUCCAGAAGCAUUACCCCGAUAAAAUAAAGCCUGUUCCAGUGUCACCCGUACGGAAAUUGGAUGCAGCUGAAGGCAAUGAAUCGCACACAGAGGGGGGAGGCAACAGUCGGCGACGUGGGAGACAGAAGUUAAUGCGACAGAGACGAAAGCAAGUCUCAUCCAUCCGAAGCCAGAAAGAACAAAGAGAACAUCAAAUCUCCUCGAACAUCGUUGGUCGUCUCUCCAGCUUGCAAGAAGAUGAUCGCCUCAUCGUUGGACUCGAACUCCCCGACACUGAUGAUGCUGUAGGAAUUCGUCAAGACGGAGCUUCGGGAGGUCACCAGGAAGGAACAGACGAUGGCGGUGUAGGAAAUGCUCGGGCAAUGAAUAUCCUUUUUCCCACUCCUCCAGAGCAGGUUGCGCCUCAUCUAACGGGAACGCUGAAGGACCAUUUAUUCCCCUGGUUCGGGGAAUUAGAGCCAGCACGGAUUUGCCAAGCUACGGGCAUUCGUCUCCUCGGACCGACCUGUCCGCGCAAUCCGAGCGAGCUCCAGCCGCCCCCCGAAACAGAGCCAUUUCUCGAUCCAGUGGCAGACGCUCUGUUUGAGACGCUCCAAGCAUGUUCCGAGCAUAGAGAACCUUUUGGCCUUGCAUUGCUGAAGCCGCUCUGCGCAGUUGCGUACCCUAUCAUCAAAUGCUUCCGGCAAGUGUACGCGAACUUCUACUAUACCGCGCAACCGAAAUCACGGGGAUCAGUCCGUGUGUCGGAAGAUGGCAAACUCGAAGUGAAUAGCAAUCACUUGCAACACGAAGAGGAUCUCUUCGAUGCAGUUCGUGGCGUCUCAACGUUGCUCAAAAUGGCAAAACAAGACACUUACCGGAAGAUCGUGCAAGAUAGCAGCGCUUUCUCGUGUCCUGCAACAAUCUUGAAUGGCCUUCUGGACCUCAUGACUACAAUGGGGAGCACAUCUACUGUCUUCCUGACAAAACCGGCAAACUUCUUCUUGAUACAGAACCAUCUUCAAGAUCUUAUACCUCCGAAACACAGGCGGCUCCGGCGGAUCGUCAAGCUCGACGAGAAACUUAAGCCUCGAAAACUCCAAGGAAUUCCCAGGGACGGGGAUAUUCAAACUGAAGAUGCGCAAGACCCCAAGGCUGUUGCAAAAUAUGCGCUCUCCUAUAUGUCCAGUAUCUGGCAUCACGCAAACACGGUCCCGAUGGGGAAGAUUGUCGACAAAAAUUUCGACCUCAUUGGGGCUAGGCGACUCUCCGUAAUCGACAGCUCCGUUCUGAAUGAACUACCGCGGAUGAAUCCCACAGCUACAAUGAUGAUGAUGGGCAUGUAA